AUGCAGGUCUCCACGGCCGUUGUUCCGCAUACGACAAUUCGAGAAGAAGGGGAUAUGAAAAUGUCGGAGGUCCUCAAACUCCACGGCGUCGAGCUGAUCUGCCUGGCCGGCUAUAUGCGAAUUUUGUCCGGCCAAUUUGUGAAGGAAUGGGAAAACAAGAUGAUUAACAUCCACCCAUCGCUGCUGCCUGCUUUUCGAGGUGGUCACGCCGUUCGGGAUACGAUUGCGGCCGGUGUGAAGGUAGCUGGGUGCACGGCGCAUCUUGUGGUGGAGGAAAUCGAUGCCGGCGCGAUCAUUGCACAAUCGGUCGUUACUGUGAAAGCGGGUGAUACGGAAGAAACUUUACACGAGAGGAUCAAGGAAAAAGAGCACUCCCUGUUCCCCGAUGCGAUGGAGCUGGUCGCCGAGCAAAUGUUGGAAAAGGCU